AUGGAUCGAAACAUUUUGGAUGCUGCAAGUGGUGGAGCACUUGUUGAUAAAACUCCAGCUGCUGCAAAGGCCUUGAUCGAGAACAUGUCACUCAACUCGCAACAGUUUACAACCAGAAAUAAUUCUGCAAGUGUAAAUGAGAUUCAGUCUUCCUCUUCCUCCAUCAAGGCGCUCGAAACCAAGUUUGAUGCUAGAAUUGAUGAACUUACUUCCUUGGUGAAAAAGUUGGCAGUUAGCAAAGCUCAACCAGCAAAAGUGUGUGGUAUUUGUACUUCUUCUGAGCACCCGACUGAUACAUGCCCCAUUCUACAAGAUGAAACAAUAACUGAGCUUCCUCAAGCAUAUGCAGCAGCAGUAACCCUUUACAAUCAAAACAGGUACAACAAUCCUGACCUCUCCACCAACAAAUAUCACCCUAGUUGGAGGAAUCAUCAAAACCUCCAAUAUGGGAAUCAGUCACAAGCUGCAGCCCCUGCUGCCCCACCAGCCACUUCUUCACUGGAAGACCUUGUCAAGCAACUGGCACAAGGAACAGAUGCUAGCAUUCAGAACCUGACAACGCAGAUGGGACAAAUGGCCAAUGCAAUAGGCCAACUACAAGCCCAAGGCUCUGGUAACCUUCCUGCACAAACAGUGCCGAAUCCGAAUGUGAAUGUGAGUGCAAUUACUUUGAGAUCUGGAAGAGUGACAGAACCAGCUCCAGAGAAAAAGAAGAAGAAAACCGUUGCAUCAUCAUCUGCUCCUGAACCUCCUUCUGUUACAACUGAGACCGGACCCGAAAAAGAAAGAGUAUAUGUGCCACCAAUUCCUUUUCCUCAAAGGAUUCCUAAAUAUGCAAAAUUCCUGAAAGACUUGUGCACACACAAGAGGAAGUUGAAGGGAAAUGAGAGAGUCAGUUUGGGACGAAAUGUUUCUGCUUUCAUUCAGCCUAAAACUGGUUCCUCAGCUAAUGUCUCAGUUCUCAGUCAGACCAUGCCAGAAAAGUGUGAUGAUCCAGGAGUUUUUGGUAUUCCCUGUUCCAUUGGGGAUCACAAGUUUGAAAAUUGUAUGCUUGAUCUGGGAGCAGGUAUUAAUGUUAUGCCUACUUCUAUUUAUAAUAACCUUGAUCUUGGUCCUUUGCAGCCUACAGGUUUAAUCGUGCAAUUAGCAAACAAGAGCAAUGUCCGCCCUGCUGGGAAGGUAGAAGAUGUCCUGGUGCAAGUUAAUGACUUGAUUCUUCCUGCAGAUUUCUACAUUCUAGACAUGGAGGGAGAAACUAAUUCCAGCAGGGCACCCAUCAUUCUAGGCCGACCAUUCAUGAGAACGGCAAGAACAAAAGUUGAUGUUUAUGAUGGAACCAUGUCCAUGGAGUUUGGCGACAUUGUCGCUAAGUUUAACAUUUUUGAUGCCAUGAAACAUCCCGUGGAAGAACAUUCUGUUUUUUAUAUGGAUUUAGUUACUAACACUAACCUUUGCUCUGUUUGUGCUAAGAUUGAAUCUGAUUUGCAGGAUAAUAACAUUCAUACAGGUGAAGUUGUUGUCAAUGAGGCAGUGUGUACGGUUAAAGUUCUUGACAUUCCGGCUGCCCCAACCAAACACUCCCAUGAUAAAGAAAAGACUACGCACUUCCAUGAUAAGAUGAUUUCCAAAAAGAAAUUUUCUGUUGGCCAAAAAGUCUUGUUGUUUAAGUCUCGCCUGAAAGAUAUGAAAUUAAAAGUACAGGUACUGGCAAGGUUUUCAAAGCAAAAGGACAGCGGUUGA